AUGCCGCCAUCCGAGCGCACUCCUCUUGUGGCCUCGAGCAUCUACCCGCCCCAGUGCGAGCCUCUCGAAGACCGCGCCGCCGCGCUCCUGCGCAGCGGCGUCGGCCGCUCGCUCAGUGCAAACGUUGAUCUAACCCACGAACUUGCGUCGGCCUUGUAUGCUCUCCACGUUGUGGAGCGGCACGAUCGCGCUCGUGGGUCUGCUCGUGCGGCCGCUUUUCGUGCUUCAGAGACAGCGCGCACCCGCGCCGCACUCCGCGAUCAUGCUGUGGCCGCCCUCGAUGCCGCCCUCGAGUAUGCGGGCGGCAACGCCGGUGACCCAGAGGGCAAGGACGACGACGACGACGAUGUACUCGAGCUCUCCCGCCCGCUCCCUAUCAAGGAGGAGCGCAACACUACAGUCGCCGCCCUCCUCGCUCACCAUACCACCCCCGACCCCGUUCUCGAACACCCCUUGAUCCGUGCAUCUCUACCUCGUGCAUGGUCACGGUCUCGCCGUAGCCGGCGUGAACCAGCCCGCAGCCUCCGUGGGCUCCUGGACCGAGCCGUCACCCCUGCCCGUGCACACGUGCUUGAGCUAGUGGCCAGCCUCGUGUUUAUUGCCCUCACGUUCGUGACUGCGCUUGUACCCGACAUUGAUGUGCGACCUGAUACGAGUGGCGCGACCACCAUAGUCUGGUGUGUCUGGGCCUGGGCAUCGCUUCUCGGAUCCAUGGUGGACGCGGCCCACCGCCGUCGCGGACCUAGCUCCUCCACGCACCUGGUGCUCAUGCUCCCUGCUCAACUCGCCGGUGUGCUACUCCCUGUCUUCCCAUCCUUUGCCAUCUUCCUCCGCACACUCGCGAUCCCAUGCUGCACGCUGGCUGUGGUCCUCCCUUCGGCUCCGUCGGUCCCGUUCCUCCUGCCUCACCGCCUGCUGCCACUCUCGAUCAUGCUGGCCGGCAUCCUGGCACGUGGCGCCAAGGCGGCCGCCCUCUUGAUUCCGCUCGCUGCCGGUCUCUGGGCGCUGUUUGCGUACGCUCUCAACGGCGACGUGUGGCGUGCUGGGUCGAUCAACUCGAUCGCUAGCGUCGGCGGCGGUGGGCCAAUCGAGGUUGGUGUGGCACCUUUCGAGACCCGUGUCGCCCUCUUCGUCACCCUCGUCCUCGUCCUCGCCCUCUCAGCGGCCCUCUCCAUCCUCCGCGCCAUGGCCCCCUCCAACGACAUCCACGACGGCACGUGGGAGGCAGAGUACGGACCGGCUAUCGGUUUUGCUUCUCGCCGUGCCCUUGCCGCCGCCGUGGCGCGCUACCUGCCACCGUCGUCGGAUGCUGCCCCACCUUCCCCGCCGUUGCCAGUUCCUCUCAACGUCUUUGUUCUCCCUCUCGACAUUCUGGCCGGGUUCUGGCGUCUCGCUCGCCACGAGCCACCAUUCGGCAUCCGUCGUGCUCGCGGUUGGAUCGCCCUCAUCAUUGUUGGAGUCCCCUGUCUUUUGCUUGCCCCCGUAGGCGCCUUCCUCCCCCACUGGUAA